AUGGACCGAAGGCAUUUAUUUCGGUUCUUACUGAAUGAUAAUCGGCCAAACCCUCCACAGGAUACGGAUACCGCCAAUGAACAUGGUGCUGUGGGUGAUGAGAAUGUGGAACGGGGUAACUGGUCUUCGAAGACUGAUUACCUGCUCUCAAUGAUUGGUAAUGCAGUGGGUUUUGGGAAUGUUUGGAGAUUUCCUUACCUGGCUUACAAAAACGGAGGAGGUGCAUUCCUUAUUCCCUAUUCUGUCAUGCUGGCCCUUGUUGGGAUACCAUUGUUUUUCUUGGAGUGUUCCUUUGGUCAGUUUGCCAGCCUUGGGCCUGUUGCAGUGUGGAGGGCUGUGCCUAUGUUACAAGGUGUGGGGAUUGCUAUGAUGCUUCUGAUUACAAUGUCCAACAUUUCGUACAACUGCAUCGUUGGCUACAGUCUAUACUACCUGUUUGCUUCCUUCCAAUCACCCCUACCAACUUUUAUCCAACAAGAGAUUAAGCAGAUUGAGCACCAGAGCAGGACUGUGCUGAACGAUACCGCCAAUGAACAUGGUGCUGUGGGUGAUGAGAAUGUGGAACGGGGUAACUGGUCUUCGAAGACUGAUUACCUGCUCUCAAUGAUUGGUAAUGCAGUGGGUUUUGGGAAUGUUUGGAGAUUUCCUUACCUGGCUUACAAAAACGGAGGAGGUGCAUUCCUUAUUCCCUAUUCUGUCAUGCUGGCCCUUGUUGGGAUACCAUUGUUUUUCUUGGAGUGUUCCUUUGGUCAGUUUGCCAGCCUUGGGCCUGUUGCAGUGUGGAGGGCUGUGCCUAUGUUACAAGGUGUGGGGAUUGCUAUGAUGCUUCUGAUUACAAUGUCCAACAUUUCGUACAACUGCAUCGUUGGCUACAGUCUAUACUACCUGUUUGCUUCCUUCCAAUCACCCCUACCAUGGGCAGACUGCUUCAGUUGGUGGGGAGCAGAUGAAACAUGCAGCAGGACCCCCAAAGGUACAACUCUCUGCAAUCUCACUCUGAGUGAUGGAUAUUUUGAAAUCGUUAAUAUAACACAGCUGCAGGAAAACAAUGGAUCUUGUCCAAAUGGAUCAGAAAUCUCCAAUCCUCACCAGGGCCCGAGUGAGCAAUACUGGGAUAAAGCAGUUUUAUGCCGUUCCAGUUCAAUGGAUGAGACUGGGGAGGUAAUCUGGUAUUUAGCCUUCUGUCUGCUUCUUGCCUGGCUAAUAGUUGGGACAGCAUUAUCAAAAGGAAUCAAAUCUUCAGGAAAGGUGGUUUAUUUCACUGCGACAUUCCCUUACGUGGUUCUGACCAUACUCCUGAUCCGAGGGGUUACCCUGGAGGGAGCUUCUAAAGGAAUUGAAUUCUACAUCGGAAGCCAGUCAGACUUCUCCAGACUGGCUGAUGCUGAGGUCUGGAAAGAUGCUGCGACUCAAAUUUUCUUUUCUAUCUCAGUGGGUUGGGGCACUUUAGUAGCAUUGUCGUCUUACAACAAGUUCCACAAUAACUGCUACAGAGAUACCAUCAUUGUCUGUGUUGUUAAUUGUGCUUCGAGUGUGUUUGCUGGAUUUGGCAUUUUCUUCAUCCUGGGACACAUGGCUCACAGACAAGAUAAGCCCGUUUCAGAGGUUGCCCAGUCAGGUUUCGGUUUGGUCUUCAUUGCCUACCCAGAGGCCCUUGCACAGUUACCGUGGGCACCAUUAUGGUCUGUUUCAUUUUUCUUCAUGCUGCUCACUCUGGGAGUUGACACACAGUUUGCAGGUUUAGAAACAGUUAUGACAGCCCUGCAAGACCAGUUCCCUACAUUGGUCCAAUCAAAGCGCCUUCUUCUGACAGCUGGUGUUUGUUCGUUAUUUUAUCUGCUUGGCCUUCUAUGUGUGACACAGGCUGGGAUUUACUGGCUAAAUUUAUUGGAUCAUUACGUUACGGACUGGAUUCUCGUUAUAACAGCUCUCCUGCAACUCAUCGGUCUCAGCUGGAUCUAUGGGACAAACAGAUUCAUCAAGGACAUUGAGGUGAUGAUUGGGGAAAGGACUUGGCUCUUCUGGCUGUGGUGGAGAAUGUGUUGGAUUCUGAUCUCUCCGUGUUUGUUGGUGGCAGUCUUAAUCUGGUCCUUGACAACAUUUGCCCCACUAAGAUAUGGAUCUGUUGAAUACCCUGUCUGGUCAGGAGCACUGGGCUGGUGUAUGACCAUCUUCUGUAUUAUGUGGAUCCCCAUCAUGGCUGUGGUGAGAGUAGUCCAAGCUGAGGGCCCCACCUUGUGGCAGAAAAUAUCUGCUGCUUGCACAUCAGCUCCUGAUUGGGGUCCCUACUUGGAACAACACAGAGGGGAAAGAUACAGGAAGAAGCCUGACUCUACAGAAGACCCAAACUGUGUGCACCUUCUGGUCAUUCCUGAGAAGUAA